UGGCUGAAUCCCAUGGACGCGAUGCGAGAGAUCAGCGGUGGCUCGUGCGAGUACAGGCAACAAGUGGAUUUUGAGAUUUCGAGUAUAUUUGAUUCUUUAUAGAUCACAUUAUUGAGCUAAAUAAAUGUAUUUAGACACGUUUACAGUUAAUAUCGUGUCUGGCGAGCGUUAAAUAAGCAGAAAGGAGCCGUUAAGUGGCAUUUGUAUUCUGACAGGAGCGUUUAACGGAUUUAACGGUUAGUUUGCGCAGUUUGAUAUCAUGCGCUGGCGAUUGUGUCUCGCGCGACCUGUUGCGUGAACGCGCCCGGUGUGGGACAGAAAAGAGCUUUAAUAUCGAUGAGCUCAUGAUGUCUGACUCUGGAUCAGAUGAGGACAGAGGCUCGACAGAGUCCGUCAGAAAGGGAUGUGACCCUCUUGUAUCAACCCAGCGCAGCAAACUACAGCAGCGAAGAGCUAAACUCAACCAGCAGAUCAACCGAGAACUUCGUCUGCGGAACGGCGCUGAAAAUCUCUACAGGGCCAGCAGUAAUCAGAAGGUGAAGGAGACUGUAGCAUUAGAACUGAGUUUUGUGAACUCGAACCUUCAGCUUCUCAAAGAAGAACUAGAGGAACUGAACAGCAGUAUGAACGUCUACCAGACCGAGAGUGAGACAGUCAAUGUUCCCAUGAUUCCACUGGGGUUGAAAGAGACUAAAGAGAUUGACAUGACUGUACCUCUUCAGGAUUUUAUCAGUGAACAUUACAGUGAGGACGCGUCUCUGUACCUGAAUGAGAUCCGGGAUUUCAUGGAACUUAGACAGGCCAUGCGUACUCCCAGCAGGAAUGAAGCGGGGCAGGAGCUGCUGAUGGAAUAUUACAAUCAGCUGUAUUUCCUGGAUCAGCGCUUCUUUUCACCACACAGGAGUCUGGGGAUUCAUUUUCACUGGUACGACUCGCUGACCGGUGUGCCUUCCGUUCAGAGAGCGCUAGCGUUCGAGAAAGGGAGCGUUUUGUUCAACAUCGGAGCUCUUUAUACUCAGAUCGGAGCCAGACAAGAUCGUUCCACGCUGACUGGCAUUCAGGAUGCCAUCGAUGCUUUCCAGAGGGCGGCGGGUGCGUUUCUCUACCUGCAGGAGAAUUUCUCUCAUGCGCCCAGUCUGGAUAUGAGCGGCCCCGCUCUGAGCAUGCUGGUCCGCCUCAUGGUAGCUCAGGUUCAGGAGUGUGUGUGUGAAAAGGUCAUACUCAUGCAGGACAACGACCUGAACGUGCUUCUGCAAGCCGCCCAGGAGGCAGCGAGGGUGUCAGACGUGUAUUCUCUGGUUCUUCAGGCGAUGUCAGUGCCGUUACUGAAGGACUAUGUGCCCUUCUCCUGGAUCUCUAUGGUUCAGGUCAAAACGCAUCAUUUCAGAGCGCUGGCCCAUUAUUACGCCGCCGUGGCGCUGUGUGACUGCUCAGGUGCUUCUGAGUGUCUGUGCAUGCCUGAUGAACACGAUGAUGAAGGUCGAGAAAUUAAAGCUCUCGUACAGAUUCACACCAGACGGCCGGACAAACUGAACCUUCAAGAUCCGGAGGACAAACGGAGACUCGGUAAAGCUCAUCUGCGCAAAGCCAUCAUACGUCACGAGGAAGCCCUGCGUCUUCACGGCGUGUGUAAAAUGCUUCGAAAGAUGGACAUCCUACAGGAAGUUCUGUCACAUGCUCAUGCGCGCUCACUGGAGAAAUACUCUGAUAUUGAUCAAGAAGAUGAUUUUUGUGAGGUCGCGGAGGCCCCGGAGAUCCAGUCUCACACACAGCAGAAGCCUGAUAUUAAAACUCCUGAUUUCAGUGCCGUCAGAGUGACUGACAUUUUCCAUCGACUGGGACCGCUUUCGGUUUUCUCUGCUCGAAAUCGCUGGGUGAGGCGUCACACGUGUUUGGUUCGAGGAGAGGCGGGGCUUGGGCUUACGCUUCGAGGUGAUUCGCCGGUUCUGGUUGCUGGGGUGUUGCCAGGGGGAUGUGCUGCGGAGGCGGGACUCCGUGAGGGUGAUUACAUCGUGGCUGUGAAUGGUGCAGAUUGCAGGUGGGCGGAACACGCUGAGGUCGUUCACGCACUAAAGAGCUGCACCGAGAGAGGACUAGAGCUCGACGUCAUCACUCUACAGUCACACGAGGUCGAGAAGAGGAUGAAUCUCUCACCCACCGGUGAAAGAGAGUGUCAGUCGGGCAGUCCGAGGAAAGCGAGUCGGGAAUACGAGCGCGGAUCCUCGUCUAUAUGGAACUGGAGCUGGAGGAGCGGCGGCGGCGGCGGCAGCAAGAGACUCGGAAGCACGUUCAGUCUUUCCUUCGGUAACUUAAGAGAGGGUGAAUCCAUGUACUGAAAACACACCAGGAAAAGAAAGGAAAAAGAAGACAAGCACUCUUUCACUCAAUUGUCAGAUAUGAUAGCUGAAGAAAAGUUGGUUUAGAUCAAUUCUAGCACAAUUCCAAGUCAUUCAGAAGAGCAAACGAACUGCCACAGGAUGGAGGAUUUUAUUAUAUUUCUAGCUGCAAUUUAUCACUGAAUAUGUAUUAGUCCAAUGCUUUUAGAGUGUCUUGCAUACAGCCACCCCAAAAAGUACUUAGAUCACACUGAAAAAUGGCUGAAUCUCAAAGCAGAUGUUAUGCAUGAAACAUUUGCUUGUGCUUUUUUCUUUCAGAUAACUCAAGCGUCUAAAUACUUUUUGUGGUCGCUGUACAUAUAACAUAGAUACAGCCUUGCACAACAAAAAUGCAGCUAUUUUCCACUGAUAGGUUUCUGUACUAUAGGUCACAUGACUUCAGAUGUGUUGAGAUGCGUGUUUGUUGAAUGUAGCAGAUCUUUCUGGAUCUCCAACAGCUUGGCUGUUUAUAGAGUGCAUUAUAUUUUUCAGUGGCGUUGGUUUUGGAAGUAUUUUUUCCAUUCAUCGCUCCCAUAGGGAUUAAAAAAAAGUCUUUGUUAAAGCGUUAUAGGCCAUGAAUCAAGCCAAUCAGCUAUGAGGAGAAUCAUAACAUUACAAAUUGUGAUUUGAAGCAAAAAAAAUCGAACAAAAAUACAAACUUAACAGCUUUAGUGAUAGAAAGAACUACAAUCCCAUGAAGCAUUGCAAACAGCAUAAUCAAAUUAAAAACAACGGGAAACUAUAACACUACUCAUUUCAAUACGUUGAAUAAAAUAAUUAUUUUGAGAUCAAAAGGAGUGGGCGGAGCUAAUGAGUUGUUUUCUUUGUUUCAUCUCUGACUGGUGGAAUUUUCUGUACAGCAUCAUGGGUAAUGUAGUUUUCGCCACAAAUUCUCUUGUUAAAGAGUUAUUUUAAACUAAGUUGAAAUAAUGUGGGCUUACUGCUUCAGCAGAAGCAAAUCCCAUCAAUAAGUCUGUCCUUAUAAAGGUUUAUAAGUUAAAAAUCUAUUUCCCUAUGGAGUUUUUACUUCCGGAACCUGAUUGUUGCACACUAUUGCUGUUGUCAACAUCAGAAAAGAGGCCUUAAUUAUGGAAGCUUGUUUCUGCCAUGCAAUAAAAAAUUUUUUAAAAUUUAAUCUUUUUAUCUCACAUUUCUGACUUUUUUUCUCACAACUGAGUUUUUAAAUCUCAAAACUGAAAAUUCUGUCAAUUCUGACUUUUUCCCUCAGAUUUGCAAGUUAUAAACUUUUUUCUAAGAGUUCUAAGUUCAAAUCUCACAAUUUUGACUUUUUUCUCAGAAUUUUUUCUCUUUUUUUUUCUUUGGAAUUUCUCGGAGUUAGUUUACAUCUUGUAGUUCCGUGUUUUUUUUUUUUUCCCCAAAGAAAACAAAAAUAAAAACCAUAAUUAGAACUUUUUAUCUCACAAUUCUGCCUUUUCUUCAUUGCAAUUGCGAGUUUAUAUCUCACAGUUCACUUUUCUUCUCAGAAUUGUGAGUUUAUUUCAAAAUUCCGUUUAUAUCUUGCAAAUCUAAAUUUUUAUAUCAGAAUUACGAGGGAAAAAAAUCUGAAUUGUGAGAUUAAAAAGUUGCAAUUAACUUUUUUUUUUUUUUCGAGGCGGAAAUAAGCUUCCAUGCUUAAUAAUCACAUCGGCCAUGACCAACAAUGAGAAGAUGUGUUCGAAUUCUUGAACUCAGAAUAUUUAGAUUGUCAGGAGGAGGAUUUAAGAAUGUAUUUUUGCACAGAAAAUGAUCAUGGGUUUAUUAUGUCUGUUUUUCGUGUGUGUGGAUUAUAUUUCAUGUUUAUUAGUCGUUGUCAGAAGCGAUUUGUUACCCAGUAUUCCAGCUGCACUCUUGCCUUGAUGAUUUAAAACAGCAUAUCUUGUGCAGGCCUCUUUAUCAUGACAAAUAAAUCAAGUUUUUCAUUUAAA